AUGGAGGAAUUAUGCAAAAAAUUGGAAAACUUAAAACAAAAUUUAAAGAAUAUUUAUAAGAAAAUUAAUCAUAUUGAUUUAAAAAAAAAUAUAGAAAAUAUUUUUUCAUAUAAUAGAGAAAAUGAUAAUUUUAAUGAUAUAUUGUUUUUAAUACAAUACUCACUAAAGUACAAAAAUAUAUGUAGAUGGCCUGAUUACAAUGAUUUAUUUGUAAUAAAUUAUAAUAUGAACGAUAAUUUUAGAACAAUUGUUCAAAAAAAUAAGGAAUUUUUUAAAAAUUAUGAAAGUUUUUCUUUAAAUAAGGAAAUAGAUAUUGGGAAAAACAAUAUAAAUGAACAAAUAAAUUACGAAAUGAAUAAUACAAAAAAAAAUAUAUUAUACGUAAAAGGAAACAAUAAUGAUGAUAAAAAUAAAAAUGAAAUGAAUAAUCAUCAUAACGUAAAUAGAAGUAACAACAAUAACAAUGAUGGUAAUAAUGUAAAAGAACAUUUACAAGAAGAAAAUAAGAAAAAAGAAGAAGAAUUGUAUAUGCGUAAAGAAAAAGAAAAAAAAAUUAAUACAUAUUUUAACGGUGAUAUAAGUUUAUUUGACAAAAUAAAACUUCAAAUUUUUAUGUACUUUGUACUAAAUAAUUAUAGAGUUAAAAUAUUAGUUGAUUCCUUAUCGGCAUUGAAUCGUCCAAUUAAUGUUAUAUAUAUAAAUUGUCCAAACAAUAAAGAGCCAAAAAAAAAAAUUUAUGAAAAAAUUGGUAAUUUUUUUGCAUCACAAUAUAAAGUUAAUGAUGUUUUUGUUAAUAAUAAAGAUAAUUAUCAAAAAUUUAUAAAGGAAAAAUGCUCUUGCUCAGAAUUAUCGUCAUCUAGCUUUAGCAACUUUAAUAAUACACCAAAAAAAAAAAAAAAAUCCAAUUAUGUAGGUGGCUAUAAUCCUAUAAAUAAUACUAUAUGGCUAUGUGCAAAUAACAUUACCAAUUUUUAUAAAUUAAAAUAUAUAUUAACUCAUGAACUUAUUCAUGCUUUUGAUUUUGCUAGAGCAAAUAUAGACAUGUAUAAUUGUCAUCAUAUUGCUUGUUCAGAAAUAAGAGCUUACAAUAUGAGUAAUCAAUGUAAUUAUUUUAAUAGUAAAUAUUUUUCAGGUGAUCAUGAUGUUUUUAAUUAUUUAAAAAGCGAUACAAUUAACAAUACAUCAAAAAAUAAAUGCAUUUACAACAAUGUUUAUUCCUCAUUAUACCAAUAUAAACCUUGCAGUCAAAAUACUCAUAAUUUUAUAAAUGAUGUUUUUGAGAAAUGUAUACACGAUUACUGGCCUUUUAUGUGUGCACCUGAAAAUGAUAGUAAAUAUAAACCAUCAAAAAUUUUUAAAAAAGAUUAUUAA